UGUCCGCGCCGGACGUUCCUCGCCUGCCUGAUCCUCGCGUCGAAGUUCAUGCAAGAUCGCUCCUACUCGAACCGGGCCUGGGCGAAGCUCGCUGGCCUUCCUCCGCGUGAGAUCGGCAGGUGCGAACGCGCCGUCGGCGAAGCACUCGAAUGGCGUCUUUGGGUC